AUGGUUGGACUACCAUAUGUGGAUAACAGGGAAAAUAUAUUGAGGACCCUUUUGGCUAAAGAGAAGGUGGAUGAUGGACUUGAUUUUAAGGAACUUGCAACUAUGACAGAAGGAUACAGUGGAAGUGAUCUAAAGAACAUAUGCGCAACUGCUGCUUAUAGGCCUGUUAGAGAGUUAAUUCAACAAGAGUGGAGGAAUUCCACAUUGCUUUUUACAGUUUGGUCCUGGUGCAAUUCAGCAGGCCUUCUUUUUAGUGUGCAAUGUACUUUGUUGGGUAAAAUUAUGGUAAUACUUUGGACAAAUAAAUGUGUGGAGUAUAUAUCUUGAUUUGCUUGUGACAUUAUUUGGGAUAACUACUAACUUAAAAGGUUAAGCUGAUAGACAAGGUUUUCAAAUGAAUUUUAUGUUUUUGUCAGUUCAUUAAUCAAGAUCAAAGUGAUGUUAACUAUAUAUUUCUUUUAUUUUUGUGACCUAAACCAAGGCAAAGCAUAUGGCAUAAUGGGUAGAAAUUAUUCUGUGAUAAAUUAGUGUCAACCAUUCAUUGUAGAUAUUUUAAAUUAGACCCCCAUGCGCUUCUUUUUGAAAAGAAAACCUUAAAACAUUCUUUCAUUUUAGAACAUGGCAAGAGCUCGAUGAAACCAUUUUUGAGCACUUUGUUCUUGAUGGCAAAGGUUAAAUUUGUGAAAGAAUGAUGAAGAAUAACAAAGAGACAAGUUUGUGGGUUUGAAGUUACUUGGCAUUUGUGAGUUGGAUUAGAAAUAGUCGAAAAGCUACACCUACUGGUCGAAGACAUCGUAGUCCACAACGCGAGUGGAUUUACUGCAGUAGGAUAAAUCCUGCAGUAGUGUGCU